AUGCCGCCUAAUUUCUUCCAAAAACCGGAAACAGCCCUCAAGCGGGCCCAGGAGUUGAUUCAAGUCGGAAAGGAGUCCGAUGCACUCGACACUUUGCACGACACCAUCAAGGCGAGGCGGUAUAAGCAAUGGACUCAAACUCAUGAACAAAUUAUGAUGAAGCAUGUCGAGCUAUGUGUGUUGUUGAAGAAGCCUCAUGUUGCCAAAGAUGCCUUGUUCCAGUACAAAGCGUUGACACAUCAGGUUGCUGUGAAAUCACUAGAAACUGUUAUAGAGCACUUUUUGCAAAUGGCCGAACAGAAAACUGAAGAAGCACAAAAGACGUCGAUUGAGAAAGUGGAAGAGAUUGAUGAUCUUGAUCAGGGGGACGUUCCUGAAACGCUUCUCCUGUCAGUUGUCUCUGGUGCUGCUGCUCAAGAUCGAAUGGAUAGGACCGUGCUUGCCCCUUGGCUACGAUUUUUGUGGGAUUCUUACAGAAACUGUCUCGAACUUUUGAGAAACAAUGCACAGGUACGAGUUGCUCGUCACUGCAUUUUUUUGCUACGGCUUCAUCUAAACCAAAUCCAAAAACACCAGCAUUUAGCACACGUAGUGAAGUUGAAUUCGCCAGAGUCUCUAUCAUUGAUGCAGGAAACACGUCUUUGCCAACUUGACACAGCGAUACAAAUGGAACUUUGGCAAGAGGCGUACAGAAGUGCUGAAGACGUCCAUGGAAUGAUGCAGCUGAGCAAGGAUAAAGACAAACGCAUGGUUAAGCCUGCGAGUUAUGUUAAUUAUUAUGACAAGCUUGCUUUGGUGUUCUGGAAGGCGGGGAAUAGCUUAUUCCAUGCUGCUGCUCUUCUGCAGAAAUUUAUCAUUUACAAGGAUAUGAAGCGGUCUUUCACUGCGGACGAAGCACAAGAACAAGCGAGCCGUGUAUUGCUUGCUACCUUAUCGAUCCCUGACGGUGCAGAUGCCCCAUCGGACCUCACUCGUCACCUAGAUAUUGAAGACCAGCAUCUCACUAACAUUCGAUUGCUUUCAAAUUUACUACGACUCCCAAUCGCUCCAACACGCACUGGGUUGUUGAAAGAAGCUGCUCGUCUCGGUGUUCCAGAGAUGGCCUCUGAGUCCACAAAUGCAUUAUAUAAAAUCCUUGAGAAUAAUUUUGCGCCUCUAAGGCUUGCUCAAGAAGUGGAAGCUCAGUUAAAACUGAUCGAUCGCCCUGAUCAUUUACAGUAUGUGGAUGCGCUUAACGAGGUUGUGGCCACAAAAGCCUUGAAACAAAUAUCUGUUAUAUAUGACUCAAUUAGUUGGAAUCGUAUACAAAAGAUUAUACCUUUUUACAAUGAAAUGGAGCUCGAACGACUGAUAGUCGAUGUUAGCAAGCACCGAUUUGUGAAGGCGCAAAUUGAUCACCGAAGUGGCUGUAUACGUUUUGGAGCAGCAGACGCCACAUUAGCAGGUGGUGUUGACCUCGAAGAGGCUAACGGAUUCACAGGAGACGACACACAACUAGGCGUUGAGGGAAUUCGUGCCCAUUUAGAAGUGUUGUACAAUAAACUGCGCGCCACGGUGGAACUCUUGGAUGGUGACAAGCGAAUGGAAACUCUAAUAGCUCGGCGCACGAAGAAUAGCAAGCAGGAGACUGAUAGAAUACUUGAACGCCGUAGAAAGAUUGAAUAUUACAAGGAGACAUCAGAGCGUGUUAAGGCGGAGCGUUCCCAACAGGCUGCAGCAGAACUUGCCAAACGUGAAGAAGCUAAGCGUGCUGAAGAGAUGAAACGCCUUGAACAAGAAAACAUUGAGAGUGAAAGGAAACGUAGACUAGCAGAGCAGGAAGAGGUUCAAAGGAAAAUUAAACAGGACCAGUUGCGUAGAAUGCAGAAUACAGCGAUUUACCAGGCCAUCGUCCGUGAAAAGGGAGAGCAGGUUUUCAAAGACAUGGAUCCAGAAGCUGUGUUGAGAGAACAGCGUCAACGACUGGAUAAAGAACGGAUGGAAACUCAGCGUCGUCUCCAGCAGCAGGACAAGACAUUUGAUCAUCAUGUUCGCGCUUUGUUAGUAGCAACAGUGAAUGGAGAUAUUUCGAAAACAGAACAGCGUAAGAAGGAACGUCGGGAGAAGUGGAGCAGGGUGAGGCCUCGUCUUCAAGUUCAAAAAUUAAUUCGAAAUCUUGUUUUAUGCAUGGUUCAUAUCUGUAAUUUUUCAAGGCGAAAUUAG